UUGGUAAUGGUCUGAUACCAAAGAAUUUCUUUAGUUUUCAUGUGAUAGACAUUUGGAAAAGCUUACCAUAACGUGUCAUUGUCGUUGAUUUUUGGAACACUGAUAUUUCAGUCCAGGACUCACUUAAAUUUACAAGACGACCACAGCCUGUAAAUACAGCUUUCCGAGAUCUCAGAACAUCAGCUAGAGUUAUGUUUGUUAGGUGUGUUGUGGCAAGUGGCAAUCUCUUCUCUCCAGGAAGUCUAUUAAUUGUAAAUACUUUUGUUUAUUACAGGAAGUGUGAAAUUUGUUCAGCGAAUAUAGCAAAGUACAAGUGUCCUGGAUGUAUGGCCCAGACCUGCUCACUUCCAUGUGUCAAACGCCACAAAGCAGACAAGGGCUGUAAUGGACAACGCAAGAAGACAGAGUUUGUCGCAAUAAAAGAAUAUUCAGACAGAAAUCUUCUAAAUGAUUACAGAUUCUUAGAAGAAACCAACAGAAAAGUAGAUAGUACACAAAGAGACCCGCUUAAACAGAGAAGUAACAAACCCAACUUUCUAGUCACGUUAGUUAAAGAAGCCAGGAAAAGAGGGAUAAAGUUGAAGAUUAUGCCUUAUCCAAUGGCAAGGCGAAAGCACAACCUGACUAUGUACCACCACAAGUUAAAGACCAUAUUAUGGAAUGUUCAGUGGUUGUUUCCACAAUCUGAAGCCAAAUAUACAUCAAAAAGGUUAUCAGAGCACCUGUCUAUGGAGGAACUGCUGAAGGAUUUUGUCCACCCCACAGAAUCUGACCCCAUCAAACAACAUGCCCUCAAAGCUUACUGCCAAAAGGGGCUGCAUAACUGUCGACUGUUUAUGAAAGUGGAAGAGAGACCAGCCAAUGAUGUCAUGUUCUAUGAGCUUUGCCUGGAGAAGACAUUACAGAAAAAUCUGGUGGGGAAGUGUAUAGUGGAAUACCCAAUCAUUCAUGUGGUUCUGAAGGAUCACUGUGACAGCUAUAGUGUCCUAAACACUGUCUCGGAUUCUGAUUCGAGCAGUAGUUCAUCUGGUUCUGAAGAUGAAGUGGUUAGUUCACCAUUACAAGACCAAUCUCAAGUUGGGGACAAGUUAAACGUGCUUGCCGACUCUGAUGUGAUAGCUGAGAGUAAUGUUCUGUGUGAAGAGACAAAAACGCCCUUCAAUUUAUCAACUGAGUCAAAUGUGAUGUGCAAUGAGACCACCAAAACUGUGAUAGAUGAUAAACUUUGUGUUGAAGAUACUACAAAUGUUACUGUAGACAAGACAUCGGUCCACCAGAUCUGCUAAUGCACAACACACAAUUUAAAGUCUCAUUCAUAACAGAUUAAAAUUUUCAGUUAA